AUGAGUAAUUCGAAACUGACUUUUCAAAGAUUAGCUAGGAAAAGUAUUCCCAUACCCAUUUUCUUGGGGAUGGUUUAUCUAUCAUGGGCAUAUUCUUAUUACAUUUGCUGGAAUGAAGUUUAUAAACAUCACUCAAAGGCAACAGGAAUUGGUUUGAUAAUUGGUAAUAUUGCCUUCAUAUUGUUGAUAUAUUUCAUUUGGUGUCAACUCUUGAUUAUGAAUCCAGGUGUACAGCCGAAGAUGCCAGUUUUCAAGCUCCUCGAAGACGGAGAUGAUGCUAGUUAUAGAUGGGUUCAUCCACCUGAAUAUUUCAUGUGUGAUGCUCAUGGGUAUCCAACCUGGUGUAAUAGUUGUCAAAGUAUUAAAGUUGAUAGAAGUCAUCAUUCCUCAGAUUUGAAUCGUUGUGUUGCUCGAAUGGAUCAUUACUGCACUUUCCUUGGUACCACUAUUGGAAAGAGGAAUUAUCGUCUGUUUUUACAAUUUUGUUUUUGGUACCUUUGUUAUUUCAUAUAUAUCGGUGUUUCUAUGGCAUGCUUCACCAGAAGCUAUAAAAUAAGGCAUGGAUCGGUCAAUGCUAAUACAAUCAUACUAUAUGUUGCUUCUUUAGGAUGGAUCAUAUUAAUUUUUGCAUUAUUCAGCUCUCAUAUCUAUUACAUCUUCAAGAAUAGAACUUCAAUUGAUGAUAUGGCUGCAAAGAGAAAUAGAAGAGCAAAAUCACUCAAUGAAGAGUUCAUCAAUAUUUCACACGAAGAGAAAAGAUAUGUUCUUAGAGUCAGUUCAAUGAAGGAUGGAAUUUGGAAUAAAGGCUUUGCAAAGAAUUGGGUUGAGAUCAUGGGUAAUAAUAUGAUUUUCUGGAUCAUCCCUUGGAGAUCUCCUCUCGAACACUUAGGGGAUGAAUCAUCAAAUGACUACUACUCUAUUAUUGGUGAUUAUAAAGAGGAAAUUAGUGAAUCUUUCAAGAAAUCACUUGUAAAGAGAAUUCAAGCUGAUGAUUAUAUAAGCUCGAGCUAG